GAAAUCUGACAUAUUUUUCCUAGGACGAUGGCAACUUACCAAGAAAUCCGCCACCCUGAUUCACGGACACAAUUCGAUUCUUAUCGAGAAUAAGUAAAGCAAGUUAUUUUAGGACGGAGGCCGUAUUAGUUUUGGAAAUAAAUCACUCAUACCGAAGCAACAAUAUUUCUUGGAGAGUAGAUGUCGGUGUCAAUUUUUGUUUGUUUGUUUUGCUACGACGGCAACUUACCAAAUAUUUGGCAUAAAUUGAAGCCUGUGCCGCGGCGACUGCGACGCAAAUCAGUCCACGUUUUGGUCUGCGACGAUGAUGCAAGGGCCGGAAGCACCUGCAGCUCAGUGGUGGCCAUCUUGGCACCACCACCGGGACGACCCACCGCCGCCGCCGCCCAACGGGUCCAAGUCGGUGAACUUUCUGCUCCGCCUCUCCGCGCUGAUCCUCGCCCUCGCGUCGGCCAUGGUCAUGGCCGCCUCCAGCGAUUGCACCCCCAGCUCCGGCGUCGCCGCCUUCACCUACACCCGAUUCGGCGCCUUCGUGCUCCUCGUCGGCUGCAACAUUACCGUCACCAUCCUGGAAGCCGCGGCCAUCUACCUGCAGCUCAGCCUCGACCUCGCCGCCGCCGCCGCCCCUCCCGACGACGACAAGACCGUGGCCACGGAUCUGGAGGAGGAAGAGAAGGGGAUCACCCCCGCCGGGAUCGUGCUAGUGGUGGUGGACCUGCUCGUGCCGGCGCUGCUCUACUCGGCGAUGGCGGCGACCUACGCGGUUGCGGCGGUCUUCAGCGACCAGAUCGGCGCCUGCCCCAACUUCGCCAGAAAAGUGGUACAGGCCAAGAUCCUGUCGCUGGCCGCCUGCGCUGCCAUCACGCUUGCCGCCGUCGCCAGGGCUGUGCCUCUCCCGUUCAACGUGCCGCCCGUCCUUUAGGCUGAACCAAUCUGCAUGCAUGAAUCCAUGUCAGGGCACGCACAUUUUAGUAUGCGUCAUGCACACGUUUUUAAUUAGUCUUCCCUUU